AUAAUCCCAACUCACUAAUGCCACACUCUCCUCCACUCCACUCCUCAGAAACCCUAGUUUGGAAGAAGCAGAGCAGAAUCGAGCGAAAACAUUGCGACAAUGGCGACCUUCCCCAUCUCCAGGUACUCUCUGUCCAUCGCAUUUCUCGUUUUCUCUUUUGUAACCCAAGCUGCAAGUCUGGAGCUCUCUUUUUCACUCAAGAGAUUCGAUAAACACCAAAACCUUGAUUCCGAUAUCGCUCUGUUCGGAGAUGCCCAGAUCGUUGAUGGCGAUUCUUCGGUUAAGAUCACUCGUCCUUCAGUUACCAGCGCUGGGAGGCUCAUCUACAAGAAACGGAUUAGUUUCAUUGGAGGAGAUGGAAGAAAGCCAAUGUCUUUCUCCACACACUUCUCUUUCUCGAUUUCUCGUGAAAAUGGUGAUGGACUUGCUUUCGUCAUUCUUCCGACUAGUUUUCCUACAGAUUUGUUCGAUGGAAGCUCCUUUGGGCUUACUCCAGGAUUGGAGAAGAGAGGAACAAGAUUUCUGGCGAUUGAAUUCGAUACCUCUAUGGAUACCAAGCUUGGAGAUCCAAACGGGAACCAUAUUGGGGUCGAUGUUGGUAGCCUCGUAUCUGCAAAAGUAAAAAAUGUUUCUUCCGUCAAUCUUGUGCUGAACAGUGGAAAGAAAUUGUACUCAUGGAUCGAUUAUGAUGCCAAAAUCAAAAAAUUGGAAGUUAGAUUGAGUGAUUCAGGUGAUGUUAGACCAUCUGUUCCACUCCUCUCUUAUGGAAUCGAUCUUUCAGAGAUGUGGAAAGAGGAAGAUGUGUUUGUGGGUAUCAGCUCGUCCAGCGGGAAUUCUUCUCAGACUGCCAGUGUAUAUUCUUGGAGCUUUAGUUUAAGAAGUAUACCAAGUUGGUUACAUUCGCAACCAGUGGAUCCUCGAGUCUAUGCUAACCCCAGUAAGCUUCCAGUAGUCCACAAAAGAAGUACUUGCUUCUUAAGGAUUCUUGCUGGACUAAUAUUCGGAACUUGCUGUGGAGCAUUGGCUGCGUUUAUAGCGAUGUUUGUUUGGACAAUUUAUGCGAAUCGGCGCCGCCCAUCAGUCGUGCCAGUAGAGUUUCCUGUUCAUCCUGUGGAAUUUGCUUAUGAAAAGAUUAAAGUCGCUGUAGUAAAACCCACCAAAGAUGGUAGUAACAACUAAAGGGUUUUGGAUUUCUGUU